AUGGCCGACACGACGGCCGAGGACGACCGCGAGCGCCUCAAGUCGGCCCUCUGGUUCGCCGUCGGGCAAAUGGUCGACGAGGAGAGCAUGCGGCGCAACCUCAACGCCACGCCGCAGUUCAUCGGCGCGCUGACGGAACUCGUCUGGACGCAGAUCGAAAACGUCGCCGUCGACCUCGAGAGCUUCUCCCGCCACGCCGGCCGCUCCACCGUCACCACCGACGACGUGCUGCUCCUCGCGCGCAAGAACCCGGACCUGCAGCAGCUCAUGGGCGAGUACGUCGACCAGCUCAAGGCCGACAGCGGCAGCGGCGCUGGCGCUCGAACGGGCAGAGCCUCUGCUGCAGCAGGAGGACGAGGACGAGGACGAGGAGGCGGCGGAGGCGGCGGCGCGGCGAGAGGAAGGGGCAGGGGGAAGGGGAGGGCCGGGUGA